GAAGCUACGCCGCGGCCCCUGCGGACACACCAGGCUGGUGGAUGCGGAAUAGAGACCCCCAAACCGGCGUGUCCACACCUGCUUCCUCGCCCCCGGGAGGGUCCCCAGAGUCGCUGCGGACGGCACCGACAUGUCUGUCGAGGGGGGCGCGCAGGGAGCCUCCCCCAGGGCCCCGCGUCCCGGGAUCCAGAAGUCGUCGGGCACGGUGACCAAGAAGGGGGAUCGCGCGGCCAAGGAGAAGCCUCCGAUCGUGCUGCUGCCGGUGGGCGAGGAGGAGCCCAAAAACCCUGAGGAGUACCAGUGCACCGGGUCCCUGGAGACCGACUUCGCGGAGCUCUGCACCCGCCUGGGCUACUCGGACUUCCCCAAAGUGGUCACCCGGCCCCGGCCGCACCCGGCCUUCCUCCCUUCCUCCUCUGUGUCCGAAAAGCCCAUCAUCGACGACCAGCGCCUGUCAGGUUCCUGCAGCCUCAACAGCGUGGAGAGCAAGUACGUGUUCUUCCGGCCCACAAUCCAGGUGGAACUGGAGCCCGAGGACAAGACUGUGAAGGAAAUCUACAUCCGAGGCUGGAAGGUUGAGGAGCGGAUCCUGGGCAUCUUCGCUAAAUGCCUGCCCCCCCUCAGCCAGCUGCAGGCUAUCAACUUUUGGAAGGUGGGGCUGACGGAUAAGACCCUGGCCACGUUCAUCGCCCUGCUGCCUCUCUGCUCAUCCACACUCAGGAAGGUGUCUCUGGAGGGGAACCCACUGCCCGAGCAGUCCUAUCACAAGCUCAUGGGACUGGACAGCACGAUCAUGCACUUGUCUCUGCGGAACAACAACAUCGAUGACUAUGGGGCGCAGCUCCUGGGCCAGGCCCUGUCCACGCUGCACACCUGCAACCGGACCCUGGUCUCGCUCAACCUGGGCUUCAACCACAUCGGGGACGAGGGCGCCGGCUACAUCGCGGAUGGCCUCCGGCUGAACCGCUCUCUGCUCUGGCUGUCCCUGGCCCACAACCGCAUUCAGGACAAAGGCGCCCUGAAGCUGGCCGAGGUCCUGCAGCCCUUCGAGCUGACACACACCGAGGUGGUGGAGCGCCGGCGCCUCCUGCUGGGAAAGGGGACCCAGGAGCACUUGCGGUCGCCUUCCUCGUCUCGACACGGGGAAUCCAAAGCAGAACGGGAGAGGAAUCUGCUGGUGGGAGUCAGCAGUGUCGCGCUGAUAGACAAGGCGGACAAGACGCAGACAGCAAAGACCCUGAAGGGCCUGGUCAAGAAAAAGGAGAAGGCAGGGGAAGUGGUGAAGAAAGAGGAGAAGUCGGGGUCUGGGCAGUCACCCAUACAAGGAAACCUAAAGAAGGAAGACGCCGCCAAGACAAGCAAGGGGAAGGUGACCAUCCCCGAGCAGAAGCCAAGCAGGGGGAAAGGGCAGAAGACUGGGAGCAAGGAGAAGCGCAGCAUCCUCCUGGAGUCAGAGCAGCUGAUUGUUGAAGCUACCGAGAUGGUCAACCCUCUCUUGGAGCCCGUGGAACACCGAGAUGGGAAAGUUUUCUUGCUUGGGAACAAGGUCCUUUUGCACCUCAACCUUCUCCGAAACCAAAUCACCGAGGUGGGGCUGGAGGGCUUCCUCAAUGUGGUGCGGUACCAGGCGCAGUUCUCCAAGUCCUCCAAGAGUGCGGCCAAGGGCCCCGUGGGGCUGCUCUGGCUGUCCCUGGCGAAAAACAACUUCUCCCCGCAAAGCCCCAUGUACAUCAUGAUGCAGGAACUGAUGCUGCCAAGGGACCCCAUCAGUAAGGCCAAGCACAGAGAGGAGGAGGCCAUGGCUUCCGCCACCUAG